UUCAACGAAGGGGGAAGACAAAGGCGGACGCACAACACCGGCGGCGGGCGGAAGGAGAACGUUUCUGUUGCGAGUUUUGUCAGGAGAUGCACAUGGAGUCUCUGCACCGACGGGCAUAGAAAGUUAAACGCUGCGUGGAUGGAUUUAUUUAUUAAACAUCACCGAAUUAAACCCAGUUUAACGCGGGUUCUGGUAUGUAUUGCUUUGAAUAAUUGAAGAGAAAAACGUGCAUGCGGCUAACCUAACAAAGCUAGUCGGUUAGCAACGUGCUAUCCUUCAAAAUUGCAUGUUAUCCGUUAAACCUGUAGAGUUUAAUUAAACUCUACAGCAUUAAGAGUCAAAACAAGCUUAAAAAGUCAUGUAAUUUUGUAGUGUACCAGUCUCUCGUGUGCUGCUAUAUAGUUAAAGUCAUGGACAGGUGGCAAAGUGUAGUGGCCCGGAUUUUCCACUCUGUAUCCUACAAACAAGUAACACUUAAGGUAGUAAGGAAUUAUUAAUUCAAUAAGUCGUCUUGUUCUUAUUUCCAGCUGCUACAUUAAUUCAAACUGCUUUUCUUGUAGUCUGAACACUGAGUUAAACAAAUAGAGUAGUUGUUCCAGGUGUAAAGAGAGUUAUGUUGAUGUGCUCAGACACUAAAUGAUUCUGAAAAUGGAAGCUGCUUAGUUUUUGUCGUAUUUUAUAGUUUAUAACUUGACUAUAUUGCCUUUCCUGUAGAAUCAUACAGAUGCUGUCUGAAUUCAGAGCAGUUUUAUGGUCGCAGAAGAUCCUCAUGGUACAUUCAGGUGCACUUUGUACACGAUCUAUUUUAAAAUAACCAACACAUUACGUCGGUGUGCGUGCGAUGUUAUUUAACACUUUAAAAGUAAUAUUCAGUACCUUGUCAAUUUUAACGUUAUUUGACUGUUUGAUAUGGUUUUAAUUGAUAAUAGCAGAAAUUUCUAAAACGUUCCUAAAUAAUAGUGAUGUUUUUAUAUUCUAAUUGACACAUUAUACUACUGUGGCCUCCUAGAAUAGUAUUUUUUAUUAUUAUUUUUAAACAGACAAAUUAUGUUAAGCUGACUGUCCAGUACCAUGGACAGCAGGAAACUGGAUUUGUAGUGUUUUUAAUGAACCACCAGUGGACACAAAUUGUAUGUCCACUCAUUUACUCUUAGAUUUUUUCUUUUUAACCUUUUUACAAACUUUGGAGUCAAUAUUAUGACAGAACUCUAUUAGAAUAAAAUCAGCAGAUCAGGUAACAUUUUCUCUAUAGACUCUGGAGCCUGGUGAGUUACAAUUAAGAAGAGGUGCGAAAAAAAACAAAAACUAAGACAGGCUUCCCUAAAAAUGGAGGGACAAUGAGGAAAAGUGUUAUUCAAUGCAAGAAAGUUGAUGUUAAGCCAGCAUGAGCAUUCUGGUCAGAAUUGGCCAUUCAAAAAAAAAAACAACAAUAUAAAACAAAUCAUUAAAACAACCUGGACAUAGUCAUGUAUGUUGUUUAUAAAUGUUAAAUAACCUGUAUCCUGCCUCAAGCAUUAAGGGCUGGAAAAAGAAACCACCACCCUCCUGCACCUCUGCAAGUAUUAAUCAGGUCUAGAAAAUUGAAUUAUGGAUGAAUAAAUAAUACCUGUUAUUUGAUUGCACUUUAUUGUUAUUGUACUAAACAAAACUAUUAGUGCUACUGUAUAAAAGGUGUGUAACAAACUCAUUAUAUGCCCUAAACAAUGCACACACUCUCAUUAGUAAAUGAUAGAUAACAUGCAGCACAAUCUCUCUAAAAUAUUUGUAGCCAAGCCAUCUACUAAUAAUGGCACAAUAAUUUGAGAAUGGAUAGAACAUUCAAGAACCAAGGUUAGUUAAUUAUAGAAAAAUAGUCUUACCAAUUUGGAGUUUUUUCAAUGGAGAUACUCAUGUACUUGUUAAUUUGAUUGCACCAUGCAGAUAACAAAUGUGUAGAGCAGAGGUGCCUAAAGUCGGUCCUGGAGGGCUGGCAUCCUGCGUGUUUUAGUUCCCUCUGGUUUAACACACCUGUAUCAAAUUAUGGCUCAUUAGAAGAUCUAAGAAGAACAUUGACAUGCUGAAAAGAUUAUUACCACCAGGGAGAGAACUAAAACAUGCAGGAUGCUGGCCCUCAAGGACUGACUGGGCACCCCUGGUGUAGAGGUUCAACAUUUUUGAAACAUGUCUUAGCAAACAUCAGCCCAACACCAGUAUGAAGGUAUAUCAAGAUUUUUAAAUGUUUAUAAAACAUGCUUUUUUUUGUUCUUUUGCUCAUACUGUUGCUGAGGUUUAAAACUGUUUCAAUCAGAUGCCAUAGUGAUCUGAGUUUUUACUGUGUAGCUAGAGAUUAAAGUAAUACAUUGCUGCCCCUUUCUUAUCUUUAGGUGCGGUUGGUUAUAUUAAAUCACCGAUUCACAACAAAUGUCAUCUCUAGUUUUGUUUUGCAGAAACACAGUCUCAUAUUCAUUCAUUUUAUUCAAGGAAAGGCAGCCAUGUGCAUUAAGUCACAGAUUUUACAGCAAUCACUUUUCCUGAAUAAACAUGUGGCUAGUUGACUGCAUUGUGUUGUUAACUGUGCAGCAAUCCCUUUUGCUAAACAAGCAGCUAUAGCCCAGACUCAGGCGUUUGGAGGAGACAGAUUAGAUGCACACACACAAAAUGUAGAUGCACUGACUCUGGAGUACUAAAUGAAAAAGCUAAUCAAGUGUAGCUUCUUCAGUGGCUUCAUGUAGGAGAGAGAUGCAGCUAAACACAGACACUAUGCUGCAGCUGCAAAAAAAUCUGUGCAAUAAUGGAAAAACAGACCCAGGCGCAGCAAUAGCUCCUUCAGUUCCUUUAUGUACGAGAUGAGGUCAAAAAGACGGGACCAACUAUUCAAGAAAUAGAAAAAGCUUCUUUUAUCUUUCUAACCUAACCUCCUUUCCCAUGCAUUUUCAUAACUUUUUAACCUGUGCUCUGUGCUUAUUUGUAUCCUCCCCCUCAGCUCCUCUGACCAUGAGCCAGGCUGCAGUGACAUGGUGAUAUGCUCUGAGCGGCAACGGGCAGCCGUGGAACCAAGGAGCGAUAGCUGUUUGCCAAUGACUGGCGAAGGCAUUGGUUUGGAGGCUUUGGCCUCACCGCAGGCGGGGUAUUUGGGAAAAGUUCAGGAAAGAGCUGCUUCACUGAAGGACUGUCCUUGGUGUAACUCCAAAGGGUUGACCUUUGCCCUACGCUCCUACCGGAUCAAUCUCCAGGAAUCCAUAACCCUCUGCACAAAUGCACAGUGUCUUUUCCCACUGGUUACUCGGCCCCUGGAGGAUGUUUUGGCUAGCCUGGAUCCUGUGGAGCCUUCGGUGGGGAACAAAAGGAAAAACUCCUUGGCUGUGGAAGACGUGAUCGAAUCUCCGCUCAAAUGGCAGCGACUAAGCGAACAUGGCGAUCGCCGACCACAGAGUGUUUCUUACGUGCCUGUCAGCUCUCUAGAGAAUUGCUCUUUAAACUCUGUGACAAAUGGCCACAGUGGAAGCCCAAACACUGGAAGUGAAAUGGUGAAUGGAUACCACAAGGAAAGUCCAGAUGUCAAGACAGCGGACUGGGACGAUAAAGAUGUUCAGGACAGAGAUGAUCCUGCUCCCCCUGCAUGCUCCAGUUCUGUUGGAUCGUCUUCAGACGUUUUGUUGGCUAGUAAUGGAGCCGAGCCCCCUUCUCUCUCUCCGCACCUUGUCUACCCAGAUGCAGCAAAGCAGAACAAUGUUCCAGCAUUGAACACAUGCAGCAGAUCCAAUUCCAGUCAGGCCAUUUGUCCAGAUAAUAUCAAAACCCCAUCGCCUCUAUGCAAUGAGCCGACAACAAAGGAAUCCCUCGAGGCGGACGUCUUCCCAUGUCGAGACUUUAACGGUUUCCGUUCAGAGAGUCGAGAUUCGUUGGACAAAUUUGUCUCCGUUCCAAAACAGUUUCUGUGGAGAAACAGCAACAACCUCUGCUGGCUGGACUCUGUGCUGGCUGUGUUGGUAAACUGUAAGAGCUUGAGAAAACUUCGACCUAAACAUCAGCCUCAGCGCUCGUCUGUGUGGCGGCUGCUGAGAAAACAUGAAGACAUCUGUGCUGCAGUCCAGGAACAUCAGCAAACUGACAAAGAUGGUGUUCCCCGGGUGCCGAGUCACGUGCUGCAAAACGCCCAUGUUGACCUGCAGAAUCUCAGAAUGUCUGUUUUCAAGCUACUGCAACCCAAACUGCACUGCAAACUGGGUCAGAGGGAAACUCCUGUUUUUGCCAUGCCUCUUCUGCUCAAGUUGGACUCCUGGGUGGAGCGUCUCUUCCAAGCAACUUUUCUCUGGGAGUUUAAGUGCAGCGCAUGCAAAAUUAUCACGAAAGAAAGGGUUGAAAAAACUCUCCCAACUUUCACAAAUAUUGUGCCUGAUUGGACUCCUCUCAAUGCAGCUCAUUUAGCUCCUUGUAAUGCAUGCUGCAAGAAGAACGAGAGGAGGACGAUGUUACUGGAGAGUGUACCUCCAGUGUUUGCACUGCACUUCGUAGAGGGGCUUCCUCACAACAACAUUAGGAACUAUGCCUUCAGCUUCAAGGGGAAACGCUACUCAGUGACUGCUGUUAUCCAGUACAGCCAACAACUCAAGCACUUCAUCACCUGGAUUUACAAUGAGGAUGGAUCAUGGCUGGAGUAUGAUGAUUUAAAAAAUGCUUGUGAGACCCACCAGCACUUGCAGAUCCCCACUCAGGAAAUCCAUGUUGUCUUCUGGGAGGAGGAAGAGGAGACGCAGCCGUCCUUCUGCUCUCUGUCCAACGUGUUGCUAGAACCUCCUUCAGCUGACACUGAAGCGGUUCCCAGUUUGAAAGACUUGAGCACAGAAGAACUACCAACCCAGACUCCAGAUCAGUCUUUUCUUACCUCUCACAACGACACCGAUAUCGUCUGCGCUCUGUCAGGAGACUGCAGCACCUCAGCUGAUGUCAACACAUCGAUAGGUGACUCCACCCUGCUUGACACCUUUGAGGGCCUUACACAUGAUGAUUUAAUCACACUCACCCUGGUGGAGUUUCAGCCUGAUUCGGUUCAGUCUGAGAUGCGCCCUGUAAAGGAAACCCAACAAGCAGAAGACCCAAGUAGUCCUGUGAUUACUGAAAACGUAGUUUCUUCUUUACCCGACAGCUCCAUCCCUGCAGCAGGGGGCAACUUGUGUCACAACACCGAUGCUCAGUCUGCUCCCAGCAGCAGCCCAUGUGACUCAGAGUUGUCGGACAACUUGGUGAGUGAUCCCACAUUUGUGCCCAAUGCAAAAAAACGACGAAGUAGAACACCUAACCUUAGGAAAACCGUCCGCAGGCAGAAAGGUAAAAAAGCAGCUUCCUCCAAAGAUCCUCCGCCUGAGCCCUCUGAGACACCCGAACCUUUGGAGCAACCCGAAUCCGUUUGCCCUGCUCAAAGUAACACAGCUGCUGUUACAGAGCAGACAUCCACUGUGUCUUCUAUUAACAACUCCCCUCCGCUCUUGACUCAGAAAGAUCGCUGGUCUUACAUACUAAGCAGACACCCUGUUAAUCAAUCUUAUAAAAACAUUUCACAUCCUCCUCCCACACAAAAUGGCGUAAUAUCUGAAGUGAAGCAAUCUCAUCCUGUUCACUCCACUCCCAAACCGGUGAAGAAGCCCCCGAUUCCUGCGAGAGUCUCCAGACCUCCGAUCAGUACAGAAGAACGUACGGGUCUCCCACCAAAAGCUGCAGAGAUGUACGGUGGUUUUGGUGCAAAGAAUCCCAACCCCGUCAUUCCUUUUCCAUCCUCGUUACCUCCAGCUAUCUCGUCUAACCACCCAGCCCCUGUCACAUGGACGUCUAGUACGUCUCCUCGGCUCACUGAAAUAUCUUCAUUUAAAACACCGGGAAGCUCAAAGGUUUCUUCAGGUCUGGGUGACACUGAAACCCUCAGAUACAAACUCUUGAAGAAGCUAAAAGCUAAGAAAAAGAAGCUGGCAAAACUGAACCAACUGCUGGGAACUGGAGGAGGGGCCCACCUCAGACCGGACAGCACCGACCUCAACUCUCCAAGCACCGUGAGCUCCAGCACCUACGACGGCUCCGCCUGCUCUGAUCUGUUGUCCCCGGCAACGACAGCCAGCAACCUUUCCCCGGACAGCACUGGCUUCCUGGAGAUGUUGGUUAGCGGGCAGGACGGGGCGAACCAGCUGGACUGUGUGGUUAGCGGUGCCGGAGCUGUGACUCCAACUAACUAUCGAACAACUCAGCAUGAAGAUCACAACUUCCUGGAGGAGUUUGAGUUUUUCUCUGAUUUCUUAAGCUGACCGACACAGAUCGAGGACGUUGGUGCACUUUAGAUUUUUACUUUUCGUUACCCUGAAGGCUACAAGCACAGUUAACUGUAAAAUCAUAAUAUGAUAUGACUUUGUAAGCUGCCUCGCCUGUUUCUUCAUUUACAUAGGAGUCCUUAUGUUUGUGUACGACUACAAUUUUACAGCAAAUAAACUUGAUCAUGAUUUUUUUUUUAGUUUUUUUUUUACCCUUUUCAAACAUCGCACUUUGUUUUUCUUGUGUACUGUAUGCAAAAAGAUCACACAGAAGCCUGGUUAAAGGUUGAAACAUUUUUAUAAUUUGUUUUUUUACAAGUGACUUGAAGCUGAGAGGUUUUUAAUGUCAUUAAAAUAAUUUAAACUUCUUGUUCAUUUGUUAAUUAUCAACCUUUGGCCAGCUGUUAAUGUAAUAAAGUAUUUAUACUGCUUUUGA